AACUCUCUCAUAAUUUUCCGAACAAGUCCAAGGCCUUAAAUGGAAAUUCUGUCGAUGACGUGUUUCUUCGUGUAUUUCUCCUCGUCGUGAGUCGUGUUUGUCGAAUGGUCAACAAAAGCUCUUUCUCUCAAAUUUACAGACAAAGAAAUACAGGAGAAAGGAGUGAAGCUCCUGAACGAUCGGUGGUAUUGAUCGCCAUUCAACGUUCCCGCGAAUCCAAUUCCGCGCCCAAAACACACUAACCCAACCAAAAUUUUCCAUCACUUUCUCGGGAAAAUCUCAUCCAACUCGGCGCACGGUGCAUCUCAGCCUCCGACUGUAGAGGCGGAGCUGAGCAGUGAGAGCGGAACCCUAAGGAGGCGGCGGCGGCGACGACGGCGACGGUGAUCGGAUCGAGAAUGUCGUCCAAGUCUCUACCUUACUCCAAGAAAGAUGUCCAUUAUGACAACGCUAAGUUCCGCCAUCGCUCCUUCGUCAAGAUGAUAUCUCAGUCCUUACACACCAGUAACGUAAAGCAUCACUGUAUGAGUUGCAGCACAGGAAAGUUUCUAUUUUUAAUAAUGAUAUUUGGUGUAGCAUAUCUUAUGCUGACACACACAAGUCCCGCGAAUUCUGUUACUGGUGGAUUUGUGAAGGGUAGUAAGAACAAUUCAGUUGAGCACAUUACAGGCGGUGGCAUUAGAUUUGGAAAUUUUUUAAGAAAACCACCAAGGCUUCCUCCUCAAUUACCACCUGAUGAAAAAGGUAACGGUAACCUUGUUCAUGAGCGUAGGAAGUUAAAUUCUGACCCAAAAUGGAUAGCUAGGCAACAGGAUGUUAAAAAGGCUUUUAUUCAUGCAUGGUCUGGUUAUAAAAAGUAUGCAAUGGGUUAUGAUGAGCUGAUGCCCGUGAGCAAGCAUGGAGUUGAUGGGUUAGGUGGUCUAGGUGCCACUGUUGUGGAUGCCCUUGAUACUGCCAUGAUAAUGAGUGCUGAUGAAGUUGUUUCUGAAGCAGGCUUAUGGAUUGAAGCACACCUUUCAAAUAGGAUUAAUCAGACGGGACAAGUUAAUUUAUUUGAAACUACAAUACGUGUUUUGGGUGGUCUUUUAAGUGCAUAUCAUCUUAGUUCUGUGGAAAAAGGGAUGGACUCAACACAUAAAGGACCUAAACCAGUUGUUUAUCUGGAAACUGCUAAAAUCUUAGCUGAUCGUCUACUAUCUGGUUUUACUUCCAGUCCAACUGCUAUUCCCUUUGGUGAUGUUGUUCUUCGCGACCCUUCAGCGCAUCCAGCUCCUGAUGGUCGUAGUAGUACUUCAGAAGUUUCUUCUUUACAGCUUGAAUUCAAUUAUCUAAGUUCAGUUUCUGGUGAUCCAAAGUACAGUGUGGAAGCUAUGAAGGUCUUGGAACACAUGAAGACUCUACCAAAGGUGGAAGGACUGGUUCCUAUCUUUAUAAACCCUAGCACUGGUGAAUUUAGUGGAGAAAAUAUAAGACUGGGAUCUCGCGGUGACAGCUACUAUGAGUACCUACUGAAAGUUUGGCUUCAGAAAAAUCAAGAAAGUAAUGUUACAUACCUCUAUGAUAUGUAUGAGGAAGCAAUGAAGGGUGUUAGGCACCUUCUUGUUCGGAAAUCAAUCCCAAAUGGAUUGGUUUUUGUAGGGGAAUUGCCUUAUGGAUCCGAGGGUUCUUUUAGUCCCAAAAUGGAUCACCUGGUAUGUUUUUUGCCUGGUACUCUUGCACUUGGUGCCACGAAAGGCAUUACCAAGAAAAAAGCAAUGACAGAUAGUGUGAUUAACUUUGAGGACCUAAAAAAUUUGAAACUUGCAGAAGAUCUGGCUAAAACAUGCUUUGAGAUGUAUUCAGUAACCUCUACUGGUCUUGCUCCAGAAAUUGCUUACUUCCAUACAGAGGAAUUUUCUGAAGGAGGUCUUGACGGUGGUAACAAGAGUUCUGAAUAUGUGAAUGACAUAAUCAUCAAACCUGCUGAUCGUCAUAAUCUCUUGCGUCCUGAAACUGUGGAAUCAUUGUUUGUCUUGUACCGCAUCACAGAGGAUCCAAAAUAUCGUGAAUGGGGUUGGCAGAUUUUUGAAGCAUUUGAGAAAUAUACCAGAAUUGAUACUGGUGGAUACAGUUCCUUGGAUGAUGUAACUGCAAUUCCUCCUCAUAAAAGAGACAAAAUGGAGACGUUCUUUUUGGGCGAGACACUGAAGUAUUUGUACUUGCUCUUUGGAGAUAGUUCCGUCCUUCCAUUGGAUAAAUUUGUUUUUAACACAGAAGCUCAUCCUAUUCCAGUAGAAGGCACUACCAAGAGGGGUUAAAAUUUUGUUGCACUAAAGCAUCAAUUCAAAGGAAAAGGAAGUAAAGCAUGUAUGGACAAAUACGGUAGCAGAUGUGAACUUGAAUGCUCCUUCCGGACUUGCUGGUGUUCAUACAUUUAGAGUAUAUCUGAUUCCAGAAGACAGUAAAUACCCUGGUUAAAGUUAGAGGCGGCUUAAUUUGUUUCUCUUCUUGUGCAAUUCAUUACGUGACAAACCUACAGGACGGAGAGUUUUUCCAGACACCCCUGUACUUGGGGGUGCACCAGAUAAUGACAAGAUUGUAUUAUGCACUAAUUGCUAUUUUACAAUUUUGAUUAAUUACUUAAUGGGGUUUUGCCCAUCAAAAGUAUGAAAGUGCCAUAUUCGGUAAUCAACUAUUUUCCACUUCUCCGGUAGUAUUACUGGAUUUGGGGAACCAAAAUCUUCAACUGGUGUAGUCACAUCAAAAUUUCUGUUAACAUCUUAUUUUACAUUGCCUAAAAGUUACAAGCCAUCUUCACCUCUACGUAGUUGUAUCUAAAUAAUAUUAAGUCACAUCAGAAUUCAUAUUAUCAGAGUCAUGAUGAAGAAGAAACAGGUGAUCACCAUCUCGAACAACACUUACGUCAUCUAUUUCUGCAUUCUCUGCAUUAAUGACUUUUGUAGGUUUGUAGCCUCCAAACUUCUCACCUGCAAUGUCAUAAAGUGUGAGGACAAAACUGGGCUGUUAUGGAAACUGUAUGCUGAUCCUGUUAAGCUCUGUGUUGUUGAAUAUUUUCUAAUUUAUAAGAAUUUUUAGUUCAGGUUUGUUCCUAAUCUACUCUUUGAGUUAAAAAGGAAAGCUUACUGGCAACUCUGAGCAGCUCUUCCAUCGAAUCAGGGCUAGAAGUGCCUGAGUAGGACUUCAUGGGUUUCUUUCUCAGGUGAGAGUGGAAAAACUGGGUGCCCUCGUGUCUUUUGGAAUUUCCUUUACAAUUCCUGGUGCUUUCAGGUGUUUCUGGCUCACUAAACUCUAUUCUGUGUUCAUCUAUUCUCCUAUUCUCAUAACUUCGUAAGAGGUCAUUUAUGCUCUUGUUUCCCUGCCGUUGUGCCAGAGCUUUUGGCGUCCAACCUCUAGUAUCCGGUUUGUUUACAUCGGUUCCUCCUUCAAGCAAAAUUUUAACCAUUUCCUUAUGUCCCUGGCUAGCAGCAGAAUGAAGAGCCAUUUGGCCGUCCUCAGCAGCGAUGUUGACAUCCAUUGCACAUCUAGUUAAAAUAUCAGCCUUGCAUAUCUCACUCUUCUCUGUAGCCUCUGGACCUGUAAACAAAUCAUUCCUCGCUUCCUGCAUCGAUGGAUCUUGAUGUGAAUUAUCUUUGCAUUGUGCUUGAGAACAGCAUCCUUCUAUUGGAUCUGUAUGUGGAUAUUCACAGCCCAACCCUUCUUGCCCCUUCAGUUUCUGUAAAGUAGAGUACAGACUAUCAGUCUUUGGAAGAGAAGGGUGGUGUGCAUGACUGCAUUUACCUUUUUUCUUUUUGAAAAACAAUAUUGUUUUAGUACCAUAAAAAUGUUGUUCAUGAUAAUUUGCUCAUCUUCCUUAUUUGCUUGUACAGUGGCCAUCAGGGAACUGCUGCGGAGUCGUAAAAUCUGAGAAAGUUCGGUGGUCCGAACGGUGAAAGGCUGUGGCAUAUUACAUAAUACUCCUAUUUCUCCCAAAGUAUCAUCAGCAGUUGCCUUUCCUACAACCUGUUUGGAGCAUGUGAAGUCAGAUGUUAUCUCUAUGUUCUCCAAUCCAGAGAGAGUAUUUUGAAAUGUCAACAAUCAUAUUUGUAUC